CAAACGAAGGUAACGCACCGCGCGAGCACAAAACAGACACUUAAUUGUGGGCGGCUCGAUGUCGGCUUGAAACUCACGCGCGCUCUGUAUCAUAAAAUGUCUCGCUGUGAACCACGAGGACAGGCUAGCGGUUACUAGCGGUGCUCUACCAGGAGAACACACGAAUUUUUACCGGCUACACCACUGUCUAUGUGUCCGAGUGCAGUGAACCCGUGGCCAUGUCCUUGGUUAAAUGUGACGAGGAGCAGCGAUGGGUGCCAACGCACGUGCAGGUAACUGUGCUACGGGCGCGAGGGCUGCGCGCGAAGGGCAAACACGGUACCAGCGACGUUUACACCAUCAUCCAGCUGGGCAAAGAGAAAUAUUCAACGUGCGUGAUGGAGAAGACCACGGAGCCGGAAUGGGGCGAAGAAUGCGCAUUUGAGCUGCAGCCAGGGAUACUGGAGGAGAGAGGGCGAGAUGCGUACCCACCCGGUACUGGCGACCUGACCCUCACCGUUAUGCACCGAGCUCUAAUAGGACUAGAUGUGUUCCUGGGAGAGGCUGUUAUACCUCUGGAUAAAGCAUUCCAGUAUCGCAUAAGCAUGAAAAACGAGUGGCACCGGCUGCAUUCUAAAACUGGCAAAAAGGAGAAGGAACGAGGGGAGCUCCAGGUGACCGUGCAGUUCACUCGACACAACCUGACGGCCAGCAUGUAUGACCUUUCCACAAAGGAUAGACCUCGCUCAGCUUUUGACAAGCUCAGACAACGCAUGCGUGCUAAGAAGCGGUCUGCCGAAGAAGAUUCCUCUUCCGCCAUCGUUGCUGGGGGAUACGAAUCAGUAGUCCGAGCACGGGGUCGCUUGCCGAGUGAUGGGGGUGGCGAGGAAGACUAUGAGGAUGAUGAAGGUGGGGAGGUCCGGAGGAGUAAAAUGAGAAGUUUUUUCCUGCGUGGGAAGUUACGAAAGUCUUCAGACUCUCGCUCUAGCACGUCGCUGUGCUCCGAGAGCAGCGAGUCGUCAUCACGGGGUGGCAGCCUCAGCCCAACAGCAGGCAUCAGCGUUGUUGUCUCAGAUCUAUCCAACUCUCCAAGCAACAGCAGCAACCUGACAGCAGACAACAGUCCAGAACACACAGUAGCUCCCUCACCACAGGUUUCUCCGGUCAGACAUGAGAUGUGUGACUUCAGCCUACCAGUGCCUCAUUCGUCAGAGAACGACACCCUUAUUUUGCUUCCGUCAGUGUGUAUCAAUGGCAAUCCAGUGGAAACAUCCCCUCUUACUCACCACCCACCAUCACUCAUACUACAGCAACCACAACCAGAGUCAACCAAACCAGUAGCCCAGUCAGGUCAAUCAUGUACCCAAUCAACAGAUCCGAAAUCCCAAACCAGUGCAGAGACCCGGCUAUCCAAAUCAGAUUCCAAACCAAAGCCUGAGCCACUGCUUCCAGCUCUUGGAGUGCUCCAAAAGGGUUCAUCUAUCUCCCUUUCCCUGCAGAACCUUAAUCCCGGUAGGGAGGAAAAGCAGAGAGGUGGCCCUGUGGACGGGCGCCGCUGGUCUUUCGAUAAACCAGGAGAGGAGGAGAAAGCUGCCAUUGUAGCAGCAUUAGAGUAUGCUGGGAGAGUUAUGGAUGAGUCAGUGAUGGAAACAGUGAUACCUGUUGGAGAGACAGAGAUUCAGAGUAAAAAGAGGCGGGGCUUGUUCUCUCAUAGGAGAGGCGAGUCAUCUGAGAAAGGACCAAUCACAAGCAAAGAGGAAAUAGAACACGCUCAACCACUUGUUGAAGUAAAACACAAAGGAUGGUUCAGCUCCAAGGACUCACACAGUAAACCCAGCCCACUGUUAUCCAGUGGCUCCAGUGCCAGAACAAUCUUCCCCAUUGUACCCUUGACCUUCAAUAUCCCUUCACAGAGCAUGGCUGACAAACACAAUAAUCCCUUAAAUUCACCCCCACCCCUUUCUGAUGACAAUCCCUUUCUCUCACACAUACAGCAGAAUCCUUUUUUCCAGGAGCCUCAUACUGUUGCUCCAUUAACUCCUGAUAUUACUUUUCUCUUUAGCUCAGACCAUUCACAAUCAUCUUCAUCCUGGGCUGGUGGUAGUACCACUCCAGAUUUGCUAAGGAUUGGAAACUUUAAAGUAACUUCAAGGAUACACCAAAUGGAUGGCUCAAUUGAUUCUUCCAUUUCUCACUUCGAGGGACAGACGGACAAGGAUGACUUUGAACAUUUUGCUAAGGACAGACUGAAGUCUUCAAAGGAAACUAAGAAUUCAGUUACACCUCCUCCUCUCCUGAUGAAACCAAAUAAGCAAGAGCCCUUAGGUGAUUUGGAUGGCUUAAUGGUGUCAAUAGUCCAUAAUACACCUCACGUUUCAGGAAGUGAACUUAAUCAUAUUUGCUCUAAUUCUAACAAGCCUGACCAAACCAAUCCUGGGGCAAAUGUCUUCUCAGAAUUUGGUCUGAACUUAUCUGAAAUUUCUUUGCAUGAUAAUUCCAGUUUAGAGUUUUCGGAGCUGAAUGCAUUUGCAUGCCCUUAUCCUGCACUGUCAAACAACUCCCACUAUGAAGUCAAUGCUGAUGCCAGUCACCCCAAAGAGUGUCCUACAAUGAACAUAAGCACACAAAUUCCCAAAUCAUCUGCCAUGCUACCAGAAUCAGAAGCUCCUCUUACUGUCUCUAGUGAAUUGUCAGAGGAGGUGAGUCUUGAAACUUCAGAAAGGCCUGAAGCAAUAGAGUUUGCAGAACAUAUAGAAUCUGUGAAAAUCCAUAAAGAUCAUAUGUCAUGCUGUAAAGACUCAGAAGACACCCUGGAACCAUCCACCUUGAUAUCUGAUUCCCAAAGCAAAGAGCUAGACCUCAUAGAGCCCUGCAAUUUUCCAGAGCGUGAUGUUAUCCCAAGUAAUAUGAUAGAAUCCAUUGAAGGAUUAUUGGAAUCAAAUACCUCACUCAUUGAAGGUGUUGGAAUGAGAGAAACAACUCUAGUUGUUACCUCUGAGCCUUCAGAAUCCCACUUUCUGUCAGAACAGAGUUCCCCAGUGUCAACAGCUUUGGUUAUGCCAAUGAAGAAUGGAGACGAUCCAAAUGAAACAAUGGACACAGUUUAUCAGAAUGAAGCAGGAGGUGGUCUCUUAGAUAGUGUGAAUACUAGAGAUAUCUGUUCUGAAAUGGAAGGCUCAGUGCCUGAGAACCUAACUGAACUGCCACUCAGUCCAUCCAAGAAUGACUUAACGGGCAAUCUACUCUGUAGCAACAGUGGAGGGCAAGAAAUUCUACAUUCUGAUGGACGGGCACUCUCUCUAGGACAUUUUCAUCCCACUGUUGGAUUUAGGGCAGGUACAGCUGAGGAUGAAUCAAUUGGAAACUCGGUACUCUCACCUGGAAGUGUGCUUGUCCAAAGCCUUUACAGAAGUGCAGAUUCCAACCAGUACCUUACUUGCGUAUCUCAGCAGGAUUCAAUAUCCCCCUUCUUAGAGCCCGUUCAGGAAGUGAAACCUAAUCAUGAUCAGUCUGAGGAAGACACUUCAAUAUUUGGGCCCAUGCCAAAACAUGUCUCGGAACAUAUUGCCAUGCAAAAAUAUGACACAUCUACAGAGGCCGUAUUAGAAAUGGAUUGUAAACCAAAUGAGGUCAUAGAAAAAAAUAUGAAUCCUUCUCAAGAAGUUUUAUCAAAAAAUGAAUCCCCUCAGGUGGAUGUUCAACCGAACAAUUGCUUGAUUGACUUCUUGCCAGAAACGCAUACCUUUACACCAAAAUCAGAUCCCUUAUACGAUAAUUUAUCAAAAUCUGAAUUAAUCAUGCCAGGCCUUAUGUUAUCAAAUGAAGAAAUGCUAAAAUACAACCCUUCUGAGGACACCCCUGAGAAGUAUGACUUACCAAGAGAAAUUAUCUCAAAAGUUGAUACCUCAGAGGAUAUAAUAGCACAACUUGAGGCUCAGCUUGCACCGUUGAAAACUGAAACAUCUCUGAUUGAUAACUACAAUCGAAAUAAUUCCCUUUUUGUUGAAUCUGUCUGGUCUGUAUCAGAAGUCAACUUAAAUUUACCCCAGUUAACUGAACCUAGUGUGUGCUUAUCAGAUUUUACAUUAGAACAAACCUCUAGCAUCACUCAAGACUUGGUCAUAACUGAUUUUCAGCUUGAGAGCAUCUUUGUUCCCCAGCCUACUGAAACACGCCUUCUUCAAAGUCCUGUCUCAUACCCAGAGUCUGCAGAGACUCACAAGGUCACAGAGCAUCAUCCUAAACCAGCAAAUCUAAAUGGAAAUACUGAAAUCCAUAUAACCCCAACUGUUCCAUAUUCUGUGGGACCUGACUUAUUCUCCGUUAACUGGCCCCCUUUAUUCCAACCAUCUCCAUCAGUCCCUUCAACCUUUGACCAGCCAACAAUGGAUUCAAGGCAUGAUCUUAGCCUUAACUUCCACUCUUCUUUGAUUGACCUUUCACCUGUAGCCUCCUCAACACCGCAUGUAGCAGUAGAAACUAAUGCGCUGCCCCAGCUAUUCCAUUUACCCUUAAUUCCCCCUACAUCAGUGGAGUCAUCACCAUGCCCAGCACUUGCUGGUCCUCUACUUCCUGAGCAGCCUCUGAAUGCUACAUUGCAUAAUUCUUUUCUCCAAGACGAAUUACAGACCACCAAUUAUCAGAGCAGUCCACAUCCAGUGAAGCCAUUGACACCCCCUGAUGAGAAAAGGUCAGAGGGUCGCUCUGUACUGGAGAAGAUUAAAUCCACCAUCCACUCAGGACGAAGCCACCAUUCAGAACAGGAGGCUGACAAAAAGGCUCUAGUAGAAGGAGGAGGCUCAUACUACCACCUGAACCACAGUGAACUGGUUAAUUUGCUGAUCCAGAGAGAUACUGAGCUCAAACAGGAGCGGGAGGAGUUUGAGAAGAGAGGGGCGAUGCUUGAGAAGGGUGAGACAGAGCUAAAGAAAAUGAAGGUUCUAAUCCGAGAUUUGGAGGAUUAUAUCGACACACUGCUCGUGCGCAUCAUCGAACAGACACCCACGCUUCUCCAGGUCCGCCCCAAGAUGAAAUGAUAAAUCCUGAUGAUG